AUGGAUGCGGAUGCCACGCACAGAGUCGCAGCAGGGUGGAACAAAUGGCGCCAGCCUAAGGGAGUUAUGUGUGAUACAAAGAUGCCAGUAAGAACGAAAGGCACAGUUUACAAGACUGCAAUAAGGCCGGCUAUACUAUAUGGCACUGAAACAUGGGCUGCCAAAAACGUACAACGUAAAAACACUCAGAAGCUCCACACCGCUGAAAUGCGGAUGCUGAGAUGGUCGAGCGGUGUCACGCUAAAAGACAAAGUUCGCAACGAAUACAUCCGAGGUAGUCUAAAGGUGGCCCCAAUUACUGAUAAACUCGCAGAGACCAGACUCAGAUGGUAUUGGUCAUGUCAGGCGCAGACCAGAAGAUUUUGUCGUGAAGAAGUGCCUUUCCAUCGCAACAAGCAAAAGGGGAAGCGGUAA